UGUUUCGCCACUCCGCCGGAAACCUGUACUAACACAAUUAUUACAACGCUAGAAAAACUGAACAACGCAGCAGGUUUCUGCCGUACUUGAGACUGCGGCCAAGGUGAUAAUUUACAGUAUAACGCCUCAACCAGCGCGAGUACAGCAUUUGUACACUAGCUCAAAUUCAGCGUUCACGCGCACACAAAUUACUUUUACCAAAGCCGCUAUACCCUGUACGUUUCGUUUCCAUAUUACUGAUCAACCAUUCACUAAUUCACUUUUACACUUGUAAACUCUGUUUUCUUCCCCUGCUUCAUCGGUUGUUAUGCAAAUAAGCCGCACGUAGACACACCCAGCAGGAACUCGGAUAAAAGUGGACGUUGAGCAAAGCUGAGCGACACGGGAAUUCGAAGGGUAGCAUUACGAUUGUGAAUUUGUGGAGUUAGAAGUGGCCAAGUGGAUGUGCACUGCAUAACGGGUAGUAGCUUUGAGUGGAGGACAAAAGACGAUUCACUGUUGUCAGGAAACCGGUUCCCGUGGAGAGGCUUUCUUCUCUCGACCCUUUCCUGGCUUGCCAAGCCGGUGUUAACUGGACCGAUUGAAUAAACCGGAGAGCAGAAUGCACCUAAUAAUAAUUGCUUCUUGGCUGCUAUGCGCCGUCAUUGGGAGCGUGUGGAGUCAGGGCCUGCCGACGUCGAGCGGGACGGGCAUGAACUACGGCGACUGGAUGAACCUGGCCUCGCAGUACGCCAUGUACAAGGGCGACACCACCGCCUUCCAGAUGAACCCCUACCUCAACCUAUACAACCCCUACAACGUCCAGAACGGCCUCGCCGGCAUCAACGGCUACCCGUUCAUCGCCGCCGGCAGUCGCUCCAACCGCGGUCCCAUGUACAACCAGCUGAGCCAGUACGGCCUGACCUUUCCGCAGUUGUACGGCAUCUUCGGCACCAACGGCUAUCCCUUCUACUCCGCGCAGAAUCCCGUCGUCUGAACGGGCCGACUGCCAAUGCAAAUUAUGCAGUCACAAUCCCUGCAGGGAAGAUUUUCACUUGAAACAAAAUGGUCGUCGCGUCAACGCUUACCGUUGACUGCACUGUAUUCUUGGCUGUGAUGGGUUGUACCGGUUGUUGCGCCUUUUUUCCUAGCCUUGCCGCUGGGGUUCCUGUCGGAUAUCGUUGCUGUAUGAAACAUGCACUGGAAAGGCACCGGUCGUGUCCAUAUCUACUCGCUAGCUUGUUACAUAUUCGCUUGAUUAUUUGUAGUCAUUUAGGUAUGUCCGACAUUAAAAAACAUUUGCCAAAAAGUGCAAAAAA